CGUCUCAGCGGGUCCCUCUUGUUUUUGAACACGUUGACGCGGAAGCGCUCAAUACGAAAUUGUUGACAUGAAAAACGUGUGAAAUGCGAGUUAUGUUGCCUGUUUUUCUGCUGUUUCUUGUUUGGUAUCAGUAGUUUAGUUGAUUAGACAGAAUAUUUAGAACAACCAGGGGCGGGAGAGUUUAUGAAUGGGAGUUUAAAAGCGUAGUAAAGUUAGCAAACGAGCUAACCUGCUUUAGCUUCAUUCAGCAGCAUGGCACUGAUGAAUAAAGAUUCGGCAGUUCUUCAGGGGGCUUUCCUCCUGGCUGAUAAACUGUGUCUCCCCUCGUCCCUGUCCUCCCUUCAGAAGGCUGACUGGAUCAGGGUGGGACACCCGGUGCUGGAGGCAGUCAGAGAACUCUGCGGACAAGAUGAACUCAGUGGUCGUUUGCCUGCAUCGGCUGUCAGCUGGAUAAAGAAAUUAGUCUGUGCCGUGUGGCUGAAGGCGUUGUCCAGGGAGACCGGAGAGGACGUGGAGACGGCCUGGAGGGAGAACCCUUUCUUCCCCCUCCAGAACGGCCUCCCUGACCUCAACCGCGUUGUCCUGCUGGAGGUGGUGAAGUCGAUGGCAGCUGCUCAGAUAUUUGCCCGUUUCCUCUCGUCUCUUCCUCGAUCUCAGAUCUGUACCGAGCUUGAAAUGCUAGUGCAACACGUGAGGAGCAGCCCCACUACAGAGGAUGAUGUUCGACUCUUUCUGGACGUGUGGUGGGAGCUGUGGAAAGGUAGAGAUGAGCAGAAGGCCGGAGGAGAGGACAGCAUAGAGACGAUGUUCACCAGACAAUUUUCUCGUCUCUCGUCUGAGUCCAGUGUGUCCCCUCAGGCUGCAAAGAGGUUAAAGCUAGAAGAUCUAAAAGAAUCACAGCCGACCGCUGAUGUCUUGCACGUUCUCCUUCAUGCACUUAAAGAGCUCAAAGAUCACAUCUCUACAACAGACCUCUGCCUCCAGGCCCUCUCCAUCUCUCUCGAUGCUCUCUACACAGCCUUCCUAAUAAACCAACCAGUCGUACUUCCCACCAAAGAGAAGAUGCACAUCCUGUCUAAAGUCGUCGGCGUCAGAGAGAAGAACGAUGAGAAACUGAGCCCUGAACUUAUCCAGGAGGCUCAGAGAGACCUACGAGCGUCUCACACUCCGUCUCAGUUUCAACCCAGCGGGAUGAAGCUCGCUGAAGCGUUGAAGAUUAUAACAGAACUUGUUCGGUUUUGGCAAAACAGUGAUCUCCUGAAAGUGAGUGACGGCUCUAAACCAAGCUACUCAGCAUUUAAGCUGGAGCAGAGUGUCCAGAGAGUCCUGGCAGCUCUACAGAAAACAGAAGUGACCGAAACUAUGACUGAAAUAGAUGAUGAAGACGCUGAGAAGAACGUUCUCAGAGGUCUGCUGGAGUCACUUGUUUUCCCGGCCACAGAGAGCACCGUCGAGGUGAACAUGAGGGUCACCGCGAUCAUCAUCAACCACCGCCUGGAGGACUACCAGAGCUUUGCGGUUCUGUUCGCCAGUGAGAAGAGUUGGUCCUCCCACGGCGCCCUCUGGACCGACUGCCUGGAGAAGAACCAGGCGGCCUUCCAGCAGCUCGACGCUCUGAUCCAACUGACCUCCGCCCUCGUGAGUAAACUCCACAACGAGAGCACCGACGUGAGCCAGAGCAGGAAGCUGAUGAAGGUCGUUGCGGACAUCUUCUCUGCGCUUUCCUUAAAGGACAAGAACAGAGCGCUGGCGGCCAUGUUGGGACUCUCCAGCAGGGGGUUCUUCGGUCACUCCGUCCCCUCUGUUGUGACUGAGGGGUUUGAGAAGGAGCUCAACAUGGCCUUCAACUGCAUCAUCCAAGGAGGCGGAGCAGCGGCGGCGACGCAGGCCAAUCUGAACACAGCCGUCUCUUUAGUGGCCAGGGUUGCGUUUCAGAACCCAGAAGCCACUUUGAGGUCUUGUUGUCAUUCAGCUAUUUUCAACAAAGGCGCUUUCUCUCUUAUGGCGAAGAUCCUGCAGCAGCUGCCUGGACUCAAAGGUGACGGGGGAAUAAAAGAUGAAGCUCGGAGCGAUGAAGAGGAGAGUAUGGAUGAAGGGAAGGAUGCUCCGAGUGGCAACGCUCUGCUCUGCAGGUGUCUGCAGGAGACGAUCAGGAGCAAAUCGCUCUCGGCCAAUGAGAAGGAGCAGCUCCUGAAGUACCUGGACCUGCUGAUGACGCCGGUGGUGACGGUGGAGGGAGAAAAAGAAGGGAGGCAAAGCUUUCUGACUCCUCAGGAGGUCGUGAACGUCUUCGUCCUGCCAAACAUCUCCACUAUGGGUCAAAGCUCCUUUGACGUAGAACUGAGUCUACAACUCCUCCACACUGCGUUGUCCGUGGACGUCCAGGAUGCAGCCUCGUCUCCUCACUGGGUGCUGGACUGCUCUCCCUUCCCCCUCCUCUAUGUCCUGGCUCAGCUGCAGAACCAGACUCUCAGGUGUUGGGAGCAGCCAGCAGAGGGCGCUGUCCCCCACUGGUCCAUGGACACCAGGGAGCUGCUGGUGUCGGUGCUGACCACACUGGGGCAGGUUGUGGGUGCCGAGGUGGCGGCGGCACCGAGCCGCUGGUCCAGAGCUCUGUUCUGGCUCUACAACAAAACGGGGGAGCUGGACUGGACGGUCCGCUUCCACCUGAAGCCCGUUUGGGGAGAACACUUUAAGAACGAGGUUCCUUCGUCUCUGCUGGCUGUUUGUGAUCUACCUGAGCAGGACUGGUUGGGCUCAGACCUGCCCCAGUAUGGACCGGGUACCGGCCUGUUAGCCUGGAUGGAGUGCUGCUCAGCGUCCGACUCUUUACGCUCCACCAUGUUGUCCCGUCUCUCCCUGGACCAGCGCCGGCCGGACCACGUGGGCAUGUUCAGCAAAGGCCUGCUGGUGGCCCUGACCCAGACCUUACCCUGGUGCUCCGUCUCCCAGUGGACCCGGCUGCUGGGAGUCCUGAGGGAGCUCAUCGCCUCGGGUCGCCUCCACGUUCCCUUCUCUCUGGAGUACGUGGACUAUCUGCCCCUGCUGGAUCUGAGGGGUUUCUCAGGCGUGCUCCGGCUGUCCGUCCUCCUGCUCCGGGUCCUCCAGCUGCUCUGCGGCUCCAGCUGCUCCGAUUGGCUGCCGGCCGACGGCUGGGCUCACGUCAGCAGGCUGUACGCCCACGCCGUGAGGGAGAUGAUGAACUCGGUGAGAGACAAGCUGCCUCUUCCUUCAUCGGGAGCUUUGAAUGUCACUGCGUCAACGCCUCCUAAAACAACAGCGUCCAGAGACUCUGAUGCUUCAAUCAAAGACCUUCAACAAGCAGGAGCUUCUCCUCUGAAAUCUAAGGAGUCCCUCAUGGAGGAGGAGGCGGAGACGGUCCCUUCCCAAGAAGUCCUUUUUGUUCUCAGCCAGCUCUUCUGCCACGUUCAGCACAUCCAGGUGAUGAUGCCAGGAGGUCAGUCUGAGCCGUUGUUCCUCUCCAGUCUGGAGAUCCUCAGCCACUACGAGGCCGUCAUGGCCGCCUUCCCGCUCAGCAGCAGCCCGCUGGAGAGCGACAACACCCGCCACUUCUUCUCCACCAUCACGGACAACCUGCAGAACCAGGAGAUGAAGGCCGUGCUGCGGCAGAAGAUCGCUCAGCUCGUGUCGUCGGAAGCUUGAAGCGUGGCUUUAAUGCACGACCUCACGGAGGAAAGAUUAAAUAAAAUGUUUCCAACAGUCCUUGAGGAAAAUAUAACCAAGGCUGUAUUCCACUUAAGAUUUAAGUUUCUCAAAUGCUUCCUUUUUUUUUUUUUGAGCAUGUUUGCUGAUAAAGCAAAGUUAUAAUUUCAAACACUGCACUUAAGAAGUUACUGCAAAGUGAUGGAUUUGGAAUCUGAGUGAAUAAAAAGCCGAUAUGUCAC